UCUUCCUUCGGUUUCCUACUUUAAUUCUUGGUACAUUUUAUAACCGUGAUGGGGGGAUGAAUGAACGCCACUCAAUAAAUUGUCGCUUUUCGUUAACUCUUAAUUUGCUAAAAGCUAUGACGGAUAUCUUCAAACGUCUCAACGCUCCGGGGGUGCUUGUAGCUGGAGGCAGAGCUGCAGGCACGAAAAGACGCCCAGGAAUCAACAAAGUGUAGGAUUAUCCUGAAUUACAGUUACUGAGGCACUAAAUGACCUCUAAUGAUAUCUGACCGCGUUGUAGUUUCUCCCAGCAUGCAACUCUUUCACUAGUUUCACUUUCACUCUUUGUGCUGAAACUGCGUGCAGAAGAACACACGGUGAGGGGAUCUCCUGCUUCCAUUGUCACCAUGUUAGUGGCUUAUCUCCUGCUAGUGUUCCUUCUUCACUUUCCUCAUUCAUUCGGGGCGCAGUUGCCAAAUCAAGGCCAAGCCAAAGACCUUCCUAUAGCCACAAACGGCCAGCUGUUCCCCUGGGACCGCAUGAGACUCCCAAAAACUGUCAUCCCUGUCCACUACAAGCUGAACAUCCACCCCAACCUGACCACGUUCAACUUCUCUGGCAACAUCCGUAUUGAGCUAGAUGUACUGGAGGACACCAGUACCAUCAUUCUCCAUGCCAAGCAAAUGCAGUUAUCCAGUGCUGUACUCCUGGCACCCGAAAGUGUGAAGCCCCUUCAGGUGUUGGAGUACCCCCCUUUUCAUCAGCUUGCCCUGGUGUCAGACUCAGUGCUGACCAAAGGUAGAAAAUAUGAGGUUCAGUUGGAGUUUGCUGCCAACUUGUCUGACAGCUUCCACGGUUUCUAUAAGAGCAGCUACCGCACCAGCAGCGGGGAGGUCCGGGUCCUGGCAUCCACACAAUUUGAGGCGACCUUUGCUCGUGGAGCCUUCCCCUGUUUUGAUGAGCCUGCCUUUAAAGCCAACUUCACUAUAAGCAUCAUACGAGAGCCACGUCACAUAGCGAUAUCCAACAUGCCCAAGGUCAAAACAGUGGAGCUGCCGGGAGGUUUGCUCAAGGAUUACUUUGACACCACUGUAAAAAUGAGCACUUACCUGGUAGCCUACAUUGUUUCAGACUUCUUGUCUGUGAGCAAGACCACCCAGCAUGGUGUCAAGAUUUCAGUCUAUGCUGUCCCUGAGAAGAUCGACCAGACAGCCUUUGCAUUGGAUGCUGCUGUCAAGCUGUUGGACUUUUACGAUGACUACUUUGAUAUUCCUUACCCACUUCCCAAACAAGAUCUGGCUGCUAUCCCUGACUUCCAGUCUGGUGCAAUGGAGAACUGGGGGCUGACCACCUACAGAGAGACCGGCCUCCUUUUUGAUCCUGAAAGGUCCUCAGCUUCUGAUAAACUGGGCAUCACCAAGGUCAUCGCCCACGAGCUUGCACACCAGUGGUUUGGGAACCUGGUGACGAUGGAGUGGUGGAAUGACUUGUGGCUCAAUGAGGGUUUUGCCAAAUUCAUGGAGUUUAUUUCCCUUGAUAUCACCUAUCCAGAACUGCAAGUGGAUGACUUCUUCUUAGGAAAAUGUUUUGAGGCCAUGGAAGUGGACUCCCUCAGCUCCUCCCACCCUGUCUCGACACCUGUGGAAAACCCAACACAGAUCCAGGAGAUGUUUGACGAUGUGUCAUAUGACAAGGGAGCAUGCAUUCUGAACAUGCUGCGGGACUUCCUCACUCCUGAGGCCUUUGAGAUUGGCAUCAUCCGAUACCUCAAGCGCUACAGCUACCAAAACACUGUGAACAGCCACCUGUGGGAGAGUCUGACUGAUAUCUGUAACUCAGAUAAUCUGGACCAAGGCCGACUGAAACAUGCAGCAUUCUGCUCCAAACGCAAACUGCAGUCUGGAGCUUCUAAGUGGUAUUCUGGAGAUGAGCUGGAUGUCAAGGCCAUCAUGGAAACCUGGACGUUGCAGGAGGGCUUCCCUCUGGUCACUGUGGAAGUCAGAGGUCGCGAGGUCAAGCUCAGUCAGGAGCGUUACCUAAAGACUGACAACCAAUCCCUCACUGAAGGAUUCUUGUGGCAGAUCCCACUUACGUACAUGACCAGUGCCUCCAGCACCAUUCAGCGCUUCCUGCUUAAGACAAAGACUGAUGUCUUGUACCUACCCGAGGAGGUGGAAUGGGUGAAGUUUAACGUGGACAUGAGUGGCUACUACAUGGUUCACUAUGCAGACGAAGGAUGGAACUCAAUUAUCAGAUUGCUGCAACACAACCACACAGCCCUCACAGGCAAUGAUCGGGCCAGCCUCAUCCAUAACGUCUUCCAGCUGGUCAGUAUAGGGAAGGUGAGGCUGGAUACCGCUCUGGAGCUCUCACUUUACCUGUCCAAAGAGACUGAGGUCAUGGCUGUGACUCAGGGCUUUGGAGAGCUCGUGCCUCUUUACAAACUGAUGGAGAAGAGAGAUAUGACUGUGCUGGAGAACCAGAUGAAGGGCUAUAUUAUAGACCUGUUCCAGGGACUGAUUGAUCGGCAGGAGUGGUCUGACUCUGGUUCAGUGUCUGAGCGAGUGCUGAGGAGUUACCUGCUACUGUUUGCCUGUGUCAGGAACUACGCUCCAUGUGUGACUAAAGCCACCCAGCUCUUCAAGCAGUGGAAGGACUCAGAUGGAAACAUGAGCCUUCCUGUUGACGUCACAAUGGCCGUGUUUGUGAUUGGAGCUCGAACACCAGCAGGGUGGGAUUUCUUGUUUGAGAAGUACCGCCAUUCCCUGCAGAUGUCUGUCAAGAGCCGCAUGAAGGUUGCCAUGGCUGUCAGCCCACUGAAGGACAAGCUCAAGUGGAUGAUGGAACAGAGCCUCCAUGGUGAGGUGAUGAAGACGCAGGACCUCCCAGACGUGGUUGUCUCCAUCAGUAAGAACUGUCACGGCUACGAACUGGCUUGGGAUUUCCUCCGGGCCAACUGGAACACCCUGAUCAAAAAGUUUGACCUUGGUUCCAGCACCAUAUCACACAUGGUGACUGGGGUGACCAACCAGUACUCUACCAGGGAGAUGCUGGAUGAAAUACGAAGUUUCUUUGGCUCCCUGACUGAGGAGACAGGCUCAGAGAUGAGAUGCAUCCAGCAGAGCUAUGAGACCAUCGAAGAGAACAUUCGCUGGAUGGAUGCAAAUGUCCCUCUGCUCCAGGCUUGGCUGAACAAACGCACCCACCCAGUGCCUCAUGAGGAUCUGUAACUCCUGUGAUAACAAAAUGUCAGCUGUGAAUGGUUAUGACAUUACAGACAGAAACACAGGUGUGGCUCCAGAUCAUAAAAGAAAUGACUAGACAUGGUGAUGAUGAAACAUGUACUGCAACCCAACAUCAAGAUCAAUAAUUCAGAUGUA